CCAGUCAAGCUGAAGUUCCUCACGGGUCUGCGAGGUUUAGCCUGUUUGCUGGUCGUCCACCACCACGCGGGCUACUUACUGGAGGCGACGAUCGCUCCAAGCAGCGUCGACACGUUCUUCGUGCUCUCGGCAUUCCUCCUGACGGCGCUCAACGAGCCCAAAGUCCGCAAUUUGGUCAGUCGCAAGGAAGGCGCUCGCAACUGGCUGAUUGCACUCGCCCACUACUCAGUCAAGCGGUUCCUGCGCGUGUACCCGCUGUUCGCGUUGACAGCGUUCGCUCUUACCUGCAUGCCGGAAGCCACGCGCACACGCUACUACAACCUGGCCCACUACAACAUCAAACACUGGAGUGUGUGGGACAUUCUAACGUUCAAGAAACGCUGGUACCUCUUCUGGACAACGUCCAUCCAGAUCACGUACUACUGCUUGAUCCCAUUCGUCCUUGUUGGAGUUUGUCUGCUGGGCAAGUUGAAGUGGUUCGUGGUGGGGGUGCUCUACUGUUGGGUAUACUACGAAGGCUGGCACACAAAUCGAACGGGCCACGGGGAAUUCCGCCCCCAUUUGUCGACGUUUGUGGCGGGAUCGCUCGCUGCUCUGGUUUACUCGAAGCUGGACCGAUGGAUGAAGGAACGUCGCUUUGAACCGCUGCUGCAGCACGUCGUUGCCGUUCGAGCGCUCGAGCUGGCCAUGGUUAGCACCAUAGUCAGCGACGUCUCUCGCGGAUACUUGGCCACUACGUUGAUCGGGCACCUGUUCCCCUGCCAGGACAAGAUCGUGCCCUCGGUCAGCAUCCCGCUCUCGACUGUGAUGGUAAUCGAAGUUCUCAUGCCCUCGGCCCUCUCUCGAGCGCUCGAGUGGAACGUGCUGUGCUACACGGGGAAGAUCAGCUUCUCCAUCUACUUGCUGCACCCGUUCGUCAACUUCCAGCCUUGGAUUAAGGAGCUCGAGCGAAUGGAUCAGUUCGCAGUGAGACUCGUGCUGGUGUACGCGCUGGCCUCCAUCUCGUAUUUCUUGGUAGAACGCAACUGCGAACGUCUUGCGCUCGUCGUAGGCAAGAAAUUG